AUGUUCACCGUCUUGUUUUUCCUUGCCGCUCUGAGCUCCGGAGCCUGGGGCUCGAUGAAGCCUGGAGACGAGGCUGACGUCAUCCUUCCUGGCAACAUCGUCGAGGUCGAAGCGUUCGGCGAGGGCCGUUGCCGCGACACCACUCGGUUCGUUUUUCGAUCAUGUUUUAUCUCGCUUUCCAAAAGAGAGUCUACUUUUGAGGACUUUUUAAAGCUUGUCUUCUUUUUUUUAGAAACAGAAAGUUUCGUGAAGUGGCUACUAUGAGUUUUAAAAGCCAAAUUUCAGAGCUUCUUACUUUUUUUCUUCAGUAUGAUAUCGCUUUUUGUCAGCUUUCAGUAGGAAAAAUUAAUUCAAGCCUCUAAAAUCUCUAAAAGAUAACUUCGAGCCUUCCACUCUCCUUGCGAAGUAUCUGAGGUGCCGACGAUUUUCAAGACCUUUUUUUCAACUCCUCUUCGAAAUAAAUUAUUUUCCAGUUGGUUUAAUAAGCACCUGAUGCCGAUGUGGGAGAAGUUCGGCAAGUCUUCGGGCCGAAUCAAGCUUCGUUAUCACCCGUUCGGCGUGAAGAGCGCCUGCACCUGCACGGAUGACGGCGACGUCUCGUGAGUUCUGAAUUCUUUGGAAUUCCACGACGUCUGGAAUUCAGAUGCGAGUGCCAUCACGGCGAACGUGAAUGCCUUCUGAAUCAACUGCAGUCGUGCGUCAUCGACCAUCUUCCGAAAGUCGAGGAUCAUCUUCCCUUUGGUGAGCGUUAGAUAAAUCUUUAGUACUCAAAACGGAGAUUAUAAAAGUUUCUAGUGUAAGCUGCGCAUUUUUUGGACUAAAUUGAAAAUAUUGAACCUUUUUACUGAUCAAAAGUAGCUUUUAUUACUUCGAUUCCGUCAAUAAUUUGAUCCGAAAUGAAUAAUUGACAAGGCGAAUGAUAAAUUUUUACAGUCUCUUGUGUGCAAGGAAGGGAAAACGUCGACGUCGCCGCUGAAAUUUGCUUCCCGGAUGGCUCGGUUCUCAAGAGAGAAGAGUGAGUUUCAACUUUUGGAUCUUCAGAAGUUAUUAGUUGCCUUUUUCAGAAUGAUGGCUUGCGCCACGAGCGUGAAAGGCCGCGAACUGCUCCACUUCCAGGGCGAAAUCAAGAAGAAGUACGCCGAGAAGACUCACUGGGUUAGUUGAUGAUCAAGAACUAGACGAAAAAAAAGAGAUUUUUGUUGACGUUUUUCUGGUUAAUUUUGUAUCUUCAUAUUCAUUCCAAGUUUGUGUAAAUCGAUCAUUGUUUACUGACCUAGGAGGACAACACAUAGCCGCAUGAUCGGUGUAACUGGAAAAGGAAAGUAUAACAAAAAUAGCGCACUAAAAGUUGGAAUAACCUCGCUAGAUAUAGUGGAAAAAGUGUCUUAAAAUACGUAGCGUGAACUUGAGAUCGUAAAUUAUAUUUUAAAAAAACGUGUAUUUGAAUUUUAAUGCAUUUCUAGUAAGCUGGAAGUACUGAAGGACAGUAUUAAUUGAAUAAAUAUUUUUGGGAAAAUUUCGUAUUUACGCUGCGUAAACUUCAAUGAUUAAAGGUCAUUCUGUUCGAUAGAAAAUACUGGAAUGAAUUCAAGAGUUUUUUUGAAAAAUAUUUGUUCUACCAUAAUCAGUGAAAUAUUUAUCAAAAAAAGGUUCCAUUAUAUCCAUAGCUCGGAUAUUUUAAAUAAAAAGCCGGAAUUUAUUUGAAAACACUUUUUCGCUUUGAAUUUUUUUCACAAUUUCCGUGAUAGAAGUUUUUCAGUUGAUUAUAUAUAUCAAAAACACCUCUCAUUUUUUUACAAAAUUUCAACUUGAAAAAAAUUCUUCUAAAGUUUUUUUGGAAACUUUAUUCUCAUAACUGUGAUUUCAGGUGCCAUGGAUCAUGAUAAACGGCGUCCGAGUUCGAGAAGGCGAGAACGAUCUCUGGCAGCUCCUCUGCGACCGUUAUCUGAAGCCGCGACCGGCUGAGUGCCCUCCGGAGACCUUCUACUAA